AAGCACGGGGAGAGAGAGAGAGAGAGACUGAAGUCCAAAAGCCAAAGUAAAGUAGCAGCUCCGCUUGACACUACUCCCUGCACACGCGGCGAAGCGAGCGCUCACAACCCCGACACCCCUCUCUCUCCCUCCCUUCCUCCCUGCAUUUGGACUUUUGCUGGGUUCAGAUUUUUCUCCUUUCUUCUUACAUCUGUUCUCUUCGUUCGCAUUCGUUUUUGUGUUAAUUUAAUUGAGUUCGUAUUUUUGAUUCUUACAAUUAUCAUCCGAGUUUCCAUUCCCAAGGGCUAAGUGGGAGUAAUAACUCCUCAUUACUGUUUGCCGUUUCAAAUCGCUUUGAUUUCUGCCCCCUCCCCUCUUCUCUCUGAGAUUUGUUACAGAGAUUGAGCCUCAGCCUUUCAAUUUCAGCUUUGGAAAGGGAAGGACAAGAAAUAAAAAUCACAAGGGUUUUCAAUUGGAGUGUUGAGAGAGGUCCAGUCUGCAUCAUCCUUGACUAUUUUCUUCAGCGAGCGCCCCAAUGACUUUGUGUUCAAAUCUCCAGCGCUUUCUUCAUUCCGUUACGCCAAAUGUUCCUUCAAAAAUCCUUCCCAAGAGCUGCAUUGGUGAUCUAAGCAGCAUAUGGCAUGCAGAAGAUAAAGAUAUAAUCGAAUAUUUUACGCUAAGUGAUCUCUGGGAAUGUUAUGAUGAAUGGAGUGCAUAUGGUGUGGGCACUCUGGUAGUGUUGAACAAUAAUGAGACCGUGACCCAGUACUAUGUUCCAUACCUGUCUGCCAUCCAACUAUACACGAAUAAAUCCUUUCUAACUUUCAGUAGGAACCCAAGAGAGGAUAUUGAUGUUAUGGAAUGUGAGUUUGAAUUCUGGAGUGAUGAUAGUGAGAGUGACAAGCUAUCAAGGUCAUUAAGCAACAACUCCAGCAAGGGAUGGGAUGCCACUUCUGUGGAUUCAAGUGUUGACCAUGACAGUCCAUGGCCAGUGAGGGAUCGCCUUGGUUAUCUUUACUUUCAGUAUUAUGAUACUUGCUCUCCAUACUGGCGGAUUCCACUGCUGGACAGAGUCAGUGAAUUUGCCCAAAAUUAUGCUGGCCUUGUGACAUUGAAGAGUGUUGACCUUUCUCCGGCAAGUUGGAUGGCCAUUGCUUGGUAUCCCAUUUAUCAUAUCCCAACAAAAGGAAAUGUGAAGGAUUUGUCAACAUGCUUCCUGACUUUUCAUACAUUAUCCUCAUCUUUCCAAGAUGACGAUUUGGCAGCUGAGAAUCACAUCCCUCACUCUCAAGUAGUGGACGAAAAAAUAUUGAGAGGAAAAUCUAAAAGUAGAGGCAGCGGUGAAAUUUCUCUUCCCCCCUUUGGGCUGGCUACUUAUAAGAUGCAAGGAGAUAUUUGGAUGAAGCCAGAUGCAUCUGAUCACGAACGACUGAUCGAUCUUCAUAGUGCUGCCGAUUCCUGGUUGAAGCAGCUCAAUGUGCAGCACCAUGACUUCAACUUUUUUACCUCUCGCUCCACCAUAGAUGUUAAUAUGUGUUUGUAACUUCAGCCCUUGGUUUCUUGUGACUCCAUCCGUUACAACAAUGACUUGUUUAUGCACUGAUCACAAGGGAGAAGAGCUCUUAUUUCAUUGCCCGUUUUGGAUUUGUUUCGUCCUUUUAUGAAAUUGAUCCCGUUGAUGACUGGCAAUGGUGUAGUCCAGGUUGAUGGUUCCACCAUAGGGGUGCCCUUACUUCAUCUUUUGUGGAUAGAGAGAGAGAACUGUUAUAUUGCUGUAUAACCUAGCUAGCUUAUUGUGUAUAUCUAUUAUCUGUGUACAUAUCUUUUGAAAGAUAUUAUGUACCUCCCAGAUGAGGAUUUACCUUUUCAGUAUUUAUGGAACAAUUUUCCAAACCAUGAAUUCAAAUACAUGGGACUAAAA